AUGACGCUUCUAAGUAGAUUCUUUUACAAAAGACCCCCAGAUGGGUUGCUUGAAUUUGUAGAGAGAGUAUAUGUGUUUGAUUCGUGUUUUUCCACGGAGGUCUUGCCUGAGGAAAUGUACCAAAUAUACCUAGAUGAAAUUAUUACUGAGUUACAUGAAGAAUUCCCGGACUCAUCCUUCCUUGCAUUCAAUUUUCGUGAGGGUGAGAAACGUAGCCAGUUUGCUGAGAUACUAUGCGAAUACGAUGUUACAGUUAUGGAUUAUCCGCGGCAGUACGAGGGUUGUCCAAUCCUCCCAUUAUCUCUCAUUCAACAUUUUCUCCGUGUUUGUGAGAGUUGGCUCUUGCUUGACAAGCAACAGAAUGUUAUUCUUCUCCAUUGUGAGAGGGGAGGUUGGCCACUCUUGGCAUUUCUUUUAGCUAGCUUUCUCAUUUUUAGGAAAUUGCAUAGUGGUGAACGAAAGACUCUUGAAAUUGUGCAUCGAGAAGCUCCUAAAGGUUUCUUGCAGCUCUUGUCGCCUUUGAAUCCUCUUCCAUCUCAGCUUCGAUACCUUCAGUAUGUGGCAAGAAGAAAUAUAGCUCCAGAGUGGCCACCUCCUGAGAGAGCACUUUCUUUAGACUGUGUCAUUCUUCGAGCCAUUCCAAACUUCGAUACCCAUAAAGGCUGCACUCCAAUUAUCCGUAUUUUUGGUAGGAAUCUACUUAGUAAGGGUGGGCUUUCGACCCAGAUGAUAUUCUCCAUGCCCAGGAAGAAGACACUUCGGAACUACCGUCAAGAAGACUGUGAUGUCAUCAAAAUUGACAUUCAGUGUUUAGUGCAAGGAGAUGUUGUAUUGGAGUGUGUUCAUGUAGAUUUGGAUCCAGAGAGGGAAGUUAUGAUGUUCCGUAUUAUGUUCAACACUGCAUUUAUUCGUUCCAAUAUACUGAUGCUGAAUUCGGAUAACUUAGACAUUCUAUGGGAUUCAAAGGAACGCUAUCCAAAAGGCUUCCGAGCUGAGGUAUUGUUUGGGGAGUUUGAGAGCAUCUCUCCUCCUAAAGCUCCAACUACAAUUUUAAAUGGGGAGGAGAAAGGUGGAUUGCCCCUUGAAGCUUUUUCGAGGGUUCAAGAACUUUUCAAUGGGGUUGAGUGGGUUGAUAGCAAUGAUGAUGCAGCCUUGUGGUUGCUUAAACAGCUCUCUGUACUAAGUGAUGCAAAAGAAAUUUCAAGGUUGCAAAACAAAGUGAAUUUAUAUUCGUCACCUGCUGACUCUGAAGAAGAAAAUAAUGCAUCUAGCACUGCUGACAGUGCUGAUGAAGCGUUUGAUACUGUUUCCAAGGCUUCAGCAGAUUCAACGAAAGCAUUGAUGCUGGACACAUUUGAUUCAGUGCCUGUAUCAUUUGAAAAUGAUGGUCCACCAGAAGCGAACCUUGCUUCAGAGUCUCCUGAUCAAGAGUUAAUUGGACCUGUUCUGCACUCUCUUCAUCAACAAUCAUUAGAUACAAGUAAUGGAUCUCCACCUUGUUCAUCCCCUCAAUCAUUGCCACUCCCACCACUAUCAAUUGAACCAUUAUGUCCUGCGCUUCACCCUCCACCACCACCACCACCACCACCUCCUUCCAUUGGUCCACCACUACGUCCUCCCCCACCACCACCACCUCCUCCUAAAUCUAGUCAAGAGUCUUUGCCGCCACCCCCACCUCCACCUCCUCCGUUUUUGGGAAGUGCACCCAACAAGGUACAAUCAAUAGCAGCACCGCCACCGCCACCGCCCCCUCUUCCUGCCACUAACAAGCUACAACCACCUCCUCCUCCUCCUCCUCCAUCCAUUUCUAAUUUUGGUCGUGGACCACCGCCUCCUCCACCUCCUCCGCCCUCCAGUUCUAGUUCUGGUCGUGGACCACCGCCUCCUCCACCUCCUCCACCUCCUCCACCUCCUCCACCAUCCAAUUCUAGUUCUGGUUGUGGACCACCGCCUCCUCCACCUCCUCCACCCUCCAGUUCUAGUUCUGUUCGUGGACCACCGCCUCCUCCACCUCCUCCACCAUCCAAUUCUAGUUCUGGUCGUGGACCACCGCCUCCUCCGCCUCCUCCACCAUCCAGUUCCAGUUCUGGUCGUGGACCACCACCUCCUCCACCUCCUCCUCCUAUGAGUGGUAGCCUUGGUAAUAAUACUAGGCCAUCACCCCCACCUCCACCUCCUUUAGGACCGGGAAGGCCAACCCCGCCACCUCCACCACCAGCACCAAUGCCCCCAAGUGCUCCUCCUCCACCCUCAAGUCAUGGUGCAACACCACCUCCUCCACCACCUGGAGCAAAGGGCUCCAAUGCACCACCGCCACCACCACCAGCCAUUGGAAGGGGCAGAGCUUCUUCUGGGCCGACAAGUCUUGGAAAAGGUCGUGGCACUGGUGCCACUAAUGCCCCGAAGAAAAAUUCGUUAAAGCCCUUACACUGGGUCAAAGUUACUCGAGCAAUGCAAGGGAGUUUAUGGGCAGAUUCUCAGCAACAGGAAAAUCAGUCAAGGGCUCCAGAAAUAGAUAUGACAGAACUUCAAAGUCUGUUUUCAGCAGCCUCUGCUUCAGAUGGGAAUGGCAGUAGGGGUGGAGGUCGACGCGGUUCUACCAUCACCAAACCUGAGAAAGUGCAAUUGGUUGACUUGCGACGAGCAUAUAACUGUGAAAUCAUGCUCUCAAAAGUAAAGAUCCCUUUGCCAGAUAUGAUUAAUGCAGUUCUGGCCCUGGAUUCUUCUGUUCUUGACAUUGACCAGGUUGAGAAUCUCAUUAAAUUUUGUCCUAGUAAAGAAGAAAUGGAAACUUUGAAGAACUAUACAGGCGACAAGGAAAUGCUAGGAAAAUGUGAACAGUUUUUUGUAGAGCUGAUGAAGGUUCCACGAGUAGAAUCCAAGUUGCGAGUAUUUGCUUUCAAAAUUACCUUUUCUAGUCAGGUGAAUGACUUAAGACUUCAUCUGAAUACAAUCAAUGGUGCUGCUAGAGAGGUCAAAGAAUCCGCGAAACUACGACAGAUAAUGCAGACAAUUCUCACUUUGGGAAAUGCCUUGAAUCAAGGCACUGCUCGAGGAUCUGCCGUGGGAUUCAAAUUGGACAGCCUUCUUAAAUUGUCUGACACCCGUGCAAGAAACAACAAAAUGACUUUAAUGCAUUAUUUGUGUAAGCUCAUUGCUGAGAAAAUGCCAGAGUUGCUGGAUUUUAAUAAGGAUCUUGUUCAUUUAGAAGCUGCCUCUAAGAUUCAGUUGAAAGCUUUGGCUGAAGAAAUGCAAGCCGUGAGUAAAGGUCUUGAAAAGGUUGAGCAAGAACUUGCUGCUUCAGAAAAUGAUGGUGCAAUCUCUGCUGGCUUCCAAAAGGUCCUGAAACAUUUUCUUGAUACUGCUGAAGCUGAAGUAAGGUCACUAAUAUCCCUGUACUCUGAAGUGGGAAGAAAUGCAGAUUCUUUGUCUCAAUAUUUUGGGGAAGAUCCAGCUCGGUGUCCUUUUGAACAAGUGACACAGGUCUUGUUCGUUUUUGUCAAGAUGUUCAACAAGUCACGAGAGGAAAAUGAAAGACUCGCUGACGUCGAAAAAAGGAAGCUUGAAAAGGAAGCCAUGAAAGAUCGAACUGUAACUAAUUCAUCUGCAAGGAAAGAUGGUGUUAAAUAG